CUAGACAACCGACUGCAGCGAGAUGGAGCAGUUACCCGGAGGAAUAGUGGGGCCAGAUCCGGGAGCCCUGAGCCCCGAGCUACUGGAGCAGUUGCGAGAUUUCAAGAUCCAGACUCGGAUCGCAAAUGAAAAGUACUUGAGGACCCACAAAGAGGUGUCGCUGCUCAUUAGCGGCUUCUUCAGAGAAAUGUUUCUGAAAAGACCAGAGAACAUCCUGGAAUUUGCUGCGCACUAUUUCACGGAUCCAAGACUUCCCAACAAGAUUCACAUGCAGCUAAUUAAAGACAAGAAAGGAAUCUAAUUAGCAAAGCCACAACGCUCAGCUCCUCGGAGAAGCCAGAAGGAAUCCAGCCUCGGGGUCAGCUGGAGGCCUGAGAGCCCUGUUACCAUCACUGCGGGUUUCCAAGCUGUGUGGGCUUCUUCCUCUCACAGAGGCUUUCAGAGAUCCUCAUUAAAUCCAGCCCUGCCUGCCCUCUCUUCUUUUCAUUUGGACAGAGGAGGGCACCGUGCAUGGGGGCCUUUUUCUCCUUGAGGUGGUCUGGGGUUUGGAGAGGCAGGGAUCGUUCCCACUCCAGCUACUUAUCAAACUGUGAACAGGGUGGGGAUCCCGCCACAGUUAGCUGUGGCGGGUUAAGAACAAGUGAGUCCACACUUCAACAUCUUACGUCCCAUGACCAGCCUACGUGCAAGGGGAUGAUUUCCUUUGCUUUCCAUAGAAGCAAUAGCCAGAGAAAUUGGGCUGGAAGGACAUCAGGAGAGAUGGACAGACAGCGAAAUCUCAAGAGGGGCCUGGAUAUUGUGAAAUAUACACCUGACAGGCACCUGGGGAGGUGGAGGACUUGGUUCCUGAGGACUUGAGGAGCAAGCUGCUCAUCUAUUUGAUGUCUGGCUAAGAGGCAGCAAGAUGGUUCAGGCAGCGGCAUGAAAUGUCCUUUGCACAUUUAGGAGUCUCUCUCUCUCUCUCUCUCUCUCUCUCUCUCUCUCUCUCUCUGUCUGUGUGUGUGUGUGUGUGUUACACUUUUCAGGUUUGUGGCCUCAGUCUUUGGCCUCUGCAGUCCCCUGGCUACGCUGUAUAAAGGAACCCUCUCCUGUGGUUCACGUGUCAACAUCACCAUGGCAACAGAAACAGGCUGAGUGUCAUUUGUACUCCCUUGCCCCUAGCUGUCCUCACUUGUAGUGGUAAGAAGGACAACAGAGCAGGAAGACUCAGAAACCAUGCAAGUUAUGAACUGGAACCCUCAGGAAGUUGAUUUGUUUUUUUGUUUUAA